GCUGUCGCUGUCACGGACAGCACCGGCCGCGCUCGCUCGAUCUGUUUCAGGUACUGCGCUGAACCUAUACUGAACGCUGUAUGCUACAUGUGUUAUCAUGCCGUCUCCACCUUCAGUUCGCGUCAUUAUUCGUCUGCCCUACAACCGUCCUGAAGACGCACCGGCGGAUCCUCCUCGAAUAGAAUGGAGCGCUGACAAGGAGCAUAUCCUCUGGGAGGUCAUCGCGAAGAGCCGCGCCGUAGACGGUGCCACCGAUUGGAAAGGCCUCGCGCAACAUCUCCAGGUUCCCCUGCCCUACCUCCUCUACCGCGCCCAAGUGCGCUACGAAGAAGAUCUGCGUGGACUUCAAGGCCUCGGCGGACCAGGACUCGCAGUGCGCAGUCCAGCGACAGCAUCUCCCUCCGCUCCCUCGCCUAUACGCGCCAACGGCCCCACUCCAGGCGAGUACUUCCCGCGCAUCACGCCCACGAGCACGAACAAUCCCGAUCAGCCCCAACGUCCGUCCCUCCCGCACCGCGAGUCCGCACGCGCUAGACUCGCUUCGUCGUCGUCUCAGAAUGGGGUGGGGACGGCAGCGGGCGGGACAGCUUCAACUUCUGGGACAGUUCCUGGGACCAGCACUCUCCGGCCAAACAUCGGCGUACGGGCACGGCUGAGUUCGCUCGGGCACGCGCAUGGACGUGCACUCCAACUGAGGUCGCCAAUCACGGGCGAGCACGUCCAGAGCCCCCUAAGCACCAACCCGACCUCAGGGCUACCGUAUCAACGGCCGACGAAGAAGGUCUCGUCGUCAUCCACGCUCACUCUCCAGGGUACGAAGAGGACGCGGUCGCCGCUGCCGCACCCGCUAUCCCCCGCAUCUUCGCGUGCAGGGUCGUCGUCGGACGGCGCGAAUGGAGGGGAGGACACGAGUGAUGAAGAGGACGAGAGCGACGAGGAGGCGAGGAAGGAGGAGGAGGCAGAGAAGCAGGAUGCGCUCGCGCGGAAAUUGGCGGCCUUGGAGAAGCUAAUGACCAAGGACGCGUUGGGACUCGUUGCGGAACCCGUUGCGCGCUUAGUUGUCAACGGGAGCAUCAAUGGGAGCGUAGGCGGGAGGCAUAGAGGCAGGGUGCGUCCGUUGUCUCGGACAAGCGCGUCGCUCUCCUCGUCAGGCGUCGCACAAGAUUUCCCUCGCGAGCGGAACCAGAGUCUGUCGAGCGCGAGCGUCGACUCGCCUCACGGCUCCAUACCUGACAUUCCCUCCCCACAAGCGCAAUCGCACAACCAAUAUGCGUACCAGUAUCCCACCGCGAGCACGAGCAUCCAUAGCGUCCGCAACCACCAGCGACACCACAGCCAGGGCUGCAUCGCAUACCAGAGCGCGAGCUCGAGUGUACAUCAUAAUCCUCCCCGCUCCGUGUCGCAUUCGCAGUCGCUCUCGUCCCACUCUCAGUCCCUGUCCCAGUCGAGAUCAAAUUCGCAUUCGGACCCCCACUCGCCCCAUCGGGUGACCUCGCCUAUGCCUGUCGGGCGACACAUCUCCACCCCGGAGAAGAGCUCCUCUCCGCCUGCGCUUUCGCCUGGCAGCGCGCGGGGACAGGCGGCGCACGCAAGGGGGAUCCACGCCGGGCUCGCAGCGGGUACGCCUUCGGGAAGCGAGGCGUCGAGUUUCAGUGACUUGAGUGAUGCGAGCGUGUCCCAGUCUGCAUUGGAGAGCGCCCUGAUGUCGAACGUGUCGAAUAUGUCGAACGUGCGGAGUGGGGGGUCGCGUUUGUCUUCGUUCGCGCGUAGUCGUUUACAGGGUAAUAGACGGUCGUCACGUAGUUGAGCUCUGUACUUGCUGUUGUGCAGGGCGUGCCGACUACAACUUUAACGCGUAGUGUUUCGAUAGCUGCUUGGAUAUACAUAACUUUGUAGUGUCUCUACAACCUGCAAAUAAAGCUCGACUUCCCGGGCCGGGCGACGAAGUCGCCCAUGGC